AUGGGGUGCUACAUCAUAUCAAAUCAACAGGUCACUAGAAACCAAGUUCAUUUGAAUGCCUUAGCCCUUUUGUAUCUAUUGAUUCAGGAAAAAAACUUACUUCCACUGCCCAAACUGGAGGGUGAUGAACGUGCAGAAGCACACGCUCUGGCAACUAUUUAUUCACAUCUGGUGUGGAUGGUUAGAUGGUGGAUAAAAUAUCUUGGGGUAGAGGAAGCCAUGAGGCUUAUGAUUUGGAAUAAUAGUGAUCCCAGUUUCAGCCUCAGGGCAAACAGUGUGAAAGGUUUUACAAGAGCUGACCCAGUUGAGUGGCUGACAGUACUGAAGGUUCCUCAUGAACCAUCCUUGCAUAUGGAUGAUUUUGUCCACAUCAAAACCGGCAUGCAGACUUGCAUACAAGCAGGAUUAUUGAAAGACGGUCUAUGUUCAGUUCAGGAUGAGAGUGCAGGUCAUUUGGUGGUGUCUAUUGUGGAUUCACAACCUGGAGAGACCAUUGUUGACUGUUGUGCUGCGCCUGGAGGAAAUACUCUAUUCAUGGCAUCACGUUUGAGAGGCCAAGGUAUGGUGUAUGCAAUUGACGUAAACAAGGGCCGUUUAAGAAUUCUUGAAGAGACAGCCAAGUCACACAAUGUCAAUGAUGUCAUCACUGUUGUGCAUGCUGACCUUCAUAUUUUUUAUGAAAAGAUAUCCAAGAAGUUUGAUAAAUUUUUGUUGGAUGCUCCUUGUUUUGGAUUGGGUGUCCUCUCCAAGAGAGCGGACUUACGUUGGAGCCAGAGAUUAGAGGAUUUGGAACAGUUGACAAAUUUACAAGAUGAGCUCCUUGAUGCAGCUUCAUUAUUAGUGAAGCCUGGAGGGACACUAGUGUACAGUACUUGUUCUAUUGAUCCUGAAGAGAAUGAGGAGAGAGUGGCUGCCUUUCUCCUCAAGCAUCCGGAGUUCACUAUAGAUCUUGCGGAUAGGUACGUCCCACCUGAUUUUGUUACGGACAAAGGAUUCUUCUUUUCCAACCCAGUCAAACAUCAUCUUGAUGGAUCAUUUGUGGCCCGCCUGGUCCAAUCUGUAGACCACAAGAUGAACCCUGGGUAAGCAAACCAAGAAUAGUGUAAUUUCUAUUUUCUUGAAAAUUGCUUCAAUUCUUGAGGGUAAAUUUUUUUAGAGCAAUUAAAAAUCAAAGCAUGUUGAGCCACCACUCUAAUCAUAUUCAUCGAAAUCACUUUUUUGGAGUGCAGAUAGCAAGCAAAACGUGAACCUCUCCUCUUUAAUCAAGACAAGGUAGGGCUAUGAUGGGAUAAAUUAU